AUGAAUCUCAUAGACUGCAUCAAUGUGAACCUCCUCACCCCUUACGUGGAUAAAAUGGUGUCCACGUUCCUGGGGAAGAGCCCACAGAGUCCUGAAGUGGCCCACACGGUUGGUCUGCUCAUCGGACUCUAUUCGCUCUUUGAGGUGAUUUGCUCUCCGUUCUGGGGCAUGUUUGCAGACUUUGCGGGCAGGAAGCCGUGCCUUCUCAUUGGCUUAGCAGGCUCUGCCAUUGCGCCCAUCCUCUUCGGUCUGGGCCAGUCAAUGCCUGUCAUCUUUGCCGCUCGUGCGCUCGAUGGCUUCUUCUGCGGGAACAUGGGCGUCACACGAACCUACUUGGGCGAAAUUGUCGACGAGACAAAUGAGGCCCAGGGUUUCAGCUUUUUGGCGCUGUGCUUCUCUGUGGGGCUCUUCCUGGGACCCAUCCUUGGUGGAGAGCUAGUUUAUCCGGCGCAGUGGGCGCCCAGCAUUUUCGGAGGGUCAGUCUUUGAUGACCAUCCCUUUCUGUUGCCGAACCUGACGUAUGCCAUUUUCGCAGCUAUUUCUUGGUGCAUUGGGGCUACCUUCCUGGAGGAGACGCUGCCAAAGAGCCAGCGUUGCAUCCGAAGCCGCGCGUCGGAACCAUUGCCGGUGACCCCAGUCAUGCGGCGAACGACGUCCGGAACAGACCCUUCAGGUGCGCCUCGCCGGUAUGUGUGCGACGAGGAUGUCAAUGAAUCCGCCAACUCAGGAAGUGCAGACAAGAAGUGCUAUCCUAUGACUACCAUUCAGAUCAUGAUCACAUACUGUGGCUUGUCUGGUUGUGUGGCGGCGCAGAACCAGCUGAUGAUUCUUCUGGUGUCCUACGACCGCUCUGCUGACGGUUUUGAGUUUGGCCCUAGGGACAUCGGAAUCAUUCAGAACAUAGGCGCGGUCGGUUUACUGAUGUCUCAGCUGCUUCUCUAUCCGACCCUCACCAAGAAGCUGGGCUUCCUGAAUACGUUUGUCAUUGGCUUCUGUUUGUCCAACCUUGCCUACGGUCUCUUCCCGGUUUACGGUCUGUUUGCAGAUCCUGUGGCGUACGGCUCAUGGAGAUACCUGCCGCUGGGCCUGUGCCAGUUCUUCUAUACUGCCGGCACAGGCAUGUGCUACCCCACUGCCUUUGCAUUCAUCAACCGUGCCUCGGAGGGUCUGAGCCGCGGGGCCGUAAACGGCUGGGCGAACUCCAGCGGUGCCCUGUGUCGCGCAGUCUUUCCGCCUGCAGCAGCUGUGCUGUUGGGUCAAUGUAACCGAUUGGGGCCAUAUGGCCGUUAUAUCCCGUUCUAUGUCAUGACAGUCAUUGCGGUUCUGUCAUUUGCAGUCUCUUGGUCCGGGCUUCGGAAAAUCGAUCAGACCAGCGUUCGAACGGUCACGUCGCAGCCCGCGGGUUGCGCCGAUGAAGAAGACUGUCGAAGAUCGCGGCGCGAGCCGCUGAUGGAGAGUUAA